UCCAGAUUUACGAGGGUGAAAGAACACGAACCAAAGAAAGUAGAGGAUGUUGUGGAGACGGCGAUCCAGUGGCUCGAUGGGAAUCAGUUAGCGGAGGUUGACGAGUUUGAGGACAAGCUGAAGGAGCUUGAAGGGAUAUGCAACCCGAUUAUUGCAAAGAUGUAUCAGGGCGGUGCUGGUGGGCCGGAUAUGGAUGGCGAUAUGGAUGAGGACGGUCCUUCAGCCGGUGGUGCGGGACCAAAGAUUGAGGAAGUGGAUUAAGUUGUUGACUGUUGAGGAUGAUAAUGAAUGGUAGAGAGAGAAAGAGAGGUAGAGAGACAGAUUAUUUUUUCUUUAUACAAAUAAUAUAUACACAUUAGCCACGUAGGAUAAAUCAUGCCAAGUCAUCAAGAAUUGGCCACGUAGGAUAAAAAAACC